AUGAAUAACCCAGCAGUUGUGCAUAUCUGUGAUAUUGUACAACUAUCUACAGGUAUUGCACCAGAAGAUGUUGGAAAUAAGAACAAAGAAAAUUGUAGGAUUGAUUCCGAUUAUUUGAAAAAUGACUCAGGUGAUGAGUCCUACAAAGUAUAUGAUAAAAGUGUGACUAUGCCAAUUGACAGUGACAAUGAUAAUUACAAUUUUUACAAAAGAAAUAAAUAUAAAGGAGGCUCAAUACAAACUACAUUAAAUAUAGAAGACAGUGAUGUAGAUAAUACAAUCGAAUAUAAAAUUGAAGAAAAUGAUUUACUCAUUAAAGACAAUGAAAGUGUGGGUAACAAUAUAAAUAAAAAAGAGGAAAAAAAAAUUGAAGAAUUGGAGGAAAAAGAGAUUAUCCAUAAUGAAUUGGAUAUAAAAGCUAUUGCUAAUAAAAGUGAGAUUGGUGAAUGCGCAGACAGCAAUGAUGUAUUGGAUAGACACAUUCUAAAUGAAAAAUUGUGUAUUGACAAUGUAGAGCAAACCUUUGAAAUAAGCGAAAUCGAAGUAGAUACACAUAAUGGGGAUAAGAACGAAAUAUUGAUUUUGCAAAAUUUUGAAAAUAAUGUAACUACGGAGAACAUAAAUGAGAAUAAUUUGAAAUGUAUUGAUGAGGUCAUAACACAAAGGAAUUACUUGAAUGAUUAUGAAAACAUAGGAGCAAAACCAUUAUUGUGUGGUGAAGAAAAUGAGAAUUGCUCAAAUACUAUUUUAAAAAGUUUAGAAGAUAAUUCAGAGUAUGAUAACUUAGACAUUAAUUGGAAUAAAGCCCAGAUAAAGACAUGUAUUAGAAUUAAGCCAUCCGAAUUUGUAGAAAACGAAUCAAAAAAUAUUAUUACACAAAGAGGUUCAAAUAAAAUAUUAAUAGAUUAUGGAAUGAAAGAUAAAGGUAAAAAAAAAAUAGAAUUUUUGGUUGAUAAAGUUUUUUAUGAAAAUAGUAAGCAAUCUGAUGUAUGGAAUAGUAUUUGUUUUUCUAUAGAUUCAAUUUUUAAUUUUAAAAAUGCUACAAUAUUUGCUCAUGGGCAUACUGGGACAGGUAAAACAUAUACUAUGAUAGGGCCUGAUAUUAUGGAAUUAAUUAAGAAACGAAAAAAAAAAUAUAGAUAUAAUUCUAGAAGGAUAUAUCCAAAUGAAUUAUUAGUGAAUACUAAUAGUUUAAAACUGUCAAAUAAUUACAACAGUAAUAAUUGUUGGUAUGAUAGAAAGCGAUCGUGUUCUCAGCCUCUAUUUAAUUUACCUCCUAAAGGAAUCCCUUUAACAAAUAGAAAUUCAAGUAACUUUAAGCGAACUUUUGAUAUACCUUAUAAUUUUUUUAAUUUUCGAAAUAAUCCGAAAAAUAAUAUAGACUAUGUUAAUGAAAAUUAUUCUGGGAAAUCUGAGUAUUAUAAAACAUUUUCUGAAUAUAGAAGUGAAUACAAACCUAAUUUUAAAUUUUUUAAAGACGAUAUCCAAUUAAUUUUAAAUUCAGAAAAAAAAGGAAUUAUACCUCGGGCAUGUGAAGAAAUAAUGAAUAGGAUAUCGUUGUUAAGGGAGAAGAGUUCUCGUGAAUUUUGUUAUGCAAAUGAAAAAUAUAAGAAUGAUAGCAAUGUUGAGGAUGAAAAUAACGAUAAUAGUGAUGAUCGAAGUAAUAAAUAUAAGCAAAAUGAUGCAUUACUCCCAAAUUUUAAAGUGUAUGCUUCUUAUAUGCAAUUAUAUAACGACAGAAUAUUUGAUUUGUUAAACCCAUGCAUUGAAUCACAACCAUAUUUAAGUACAUUAAAAUCAAAAUUUUCAAAUAGUACUACAUUUGUUAACGGAUUAUUAACUGUUGAAGUGAAUAGUUGCGAAGAACUAAUAGAAUUAUUAAUUGAUGGUACAAGUAAUAGAGCUUGUAGAAUAACCAAAACAAAUGAAAUGUCAACACGAUCACAUUCUAUAUUUAAAAUAGAAUUAAGGAAUGUAAAUAAUUCGAAACCUGAAUAUUUCAAGUCAUGUAGUUUAUUAUUAAUUGAUUUAGCAGGGAAUGAAAAGUAUGUAGCAUCUAAUGAGAAAUCGUAUACAACAGAAGUAUGUUCAAUAAACAGAAGUUUAUCCGCCUUGUCAUUGUGUAUAAAUGAAUUAUCAAAAGGCAAUAAAAACAUAAGUUAUAGAAAUUCGAUAUUAACAAGAUUAUUACAAGAUUCUAUAGGAGGAUCUAAUAAAACAAUUUUUAUUUGUACAAUAUCACCAUAUGUAAAAAAUGCACGUGACACAUUGUCUUCAUUAAAAUUAGUAUCUAAAGCAAAAAAAAUUAAAUUCGAAAUAAAGAAUACUAAUUCUUAUAUGUAUGAAGAAGAUAUAAAAAAAUUAAAAAAGGAAUUAUAUUUUUUGAAAAAGUUUGUUUUUUUUCAAUAUAUAACGAAUAAGUACGAAAAUAAGAAAAGGCUAAAAAGGAUAAAGGAUUUAUGUUUUAAUAUGUCACUUUAUGAAAAUGGAAAUGAUGCUUCUGUUGUAUUAAAUGAUAUAUCUGAGAGUUGGGUCGAUGAUAAAUGCAAAGGCAGUUGUGUUGUAAGGGAGAAUUGUAAUAGCACACGAGAAAGUAGCAGCGACAGAACAAAUGAAAGCUAUGCUAAAGAAAUGGAGGAAGAAAAAUGUGGCAAUAAGGAAAAAUUAAAGAGAAAUGAUGGUAUAUCUUAUGAAUCAUUUUCCAAAUUUAAAAACACAAAUGAAAAAGAAAUUAUCGAUAGAAAUGAGCUAAAUAAUGUUGAUAGUAAUAUUUAUAAAGGUAUAGAAACAAUAUACAAGGAUUAUGAAGUUAGUUCAUUUAAUUCAUUAUUGCAUCAAUGGAAUAUGAAUAAAUCGAGCAUUAAAAGGAUAAGAGAUGAAUUUGCAACAAGUGAAAAUGAUAAAAAAAAUCUUUGGUUCCAUCAUAAUGGAAAUGUAAAUAAAAAGGGUAUUAUGAAUUUUAUUGAUGCUCAUACUGUUGAAUAUGAAAUAGAAACUGAAGAUGAAAUGUGUGGUGAAGAGGAGAUCGGUGAUAAUGCAGUUGUUGGGGAAAAUAUCUUACUUGAUGAAUAUGAUAACAUGCAUUUGGAAGAGUCUGAAAAGGAUAUAUUUUUUGAUAAAGAAUGUAUGGGAAAAAGCGAAAAAAAAGACAAAGUGAAAAAGGAUGAGGAAAUCAACAUAAAUGAGCAUAAAGAAAAGAAUAAUGAAAAAAAAAUGAAAAUAAGCAAUAAAAAUGAUGUAAAAAGAGAAAAUAUAUAUAAUUUAAAUAUGAAUAAGGAUGUAAGCAGCGUUUUUAAUGGUAAAACAAAUGAAUAUAAUACAUCCCCUAAAAAAAUUAAUAAAAAAGUAAAAACCGAAAGUGAACGAAGAGAAAAAAAAUGUCUAAAAGAUACGAAGAAAAAAUAUAAUUCUUAUAACUGGAAUACGGAUAGUUAUAUGUGUGAUAAUAAAAAAAAGACGCCAUUAUUAAAGGGAUCUAGGAAAUAUGUCAAGUUGAAUAAACUUAAUAGCUCAUUAAAUUUGGAAGAAGAGGGUAAUAGUUCCAUCGGCCUUGAUAAUAAUAAUUAUGAGGAUGAUAGUUACGGCAAUUCAAAACCUGGAUCAUAUGGCAAUUCUACCAUUGCAAGUUUAACUGAGUCAGGAGAUAGUGAAAAAUGUGUAAAAAAUAGUUCAUGUAUUCCUAAAAAAGGAGAAAGAAAUAAAAAAAAUAGUAAAACUAGCAAGAUGGAUGACAUUUUCAUUAAUUCGAUAGGGCAUUCAUGUAAUGGCAAUUUUAUGGCUCAAAAUAAAAGUACAAAUUUUGUUAAUAAUGCAGAGAUAAAUAAUAUGGUAAUAAACAAAGUGAGGGAUUAUGAUAAUCUAAAAAGUAGGGGGAAAUAUAGUGGAAGACCAUGUAAUGUGAAAAAUAAUAUGGUUGUAAACAAUAAUGGAAUGAUGGGUGUUGUUGAAAUAGUCAAAAAUGAAAAUCUUUGUGAUGAUAAAAUUAAUAUAAAAGAUGAUGAUUCAUUUUAUGAAAAAAGAAAAGCCGAACGAUAUAGAUCAACUAGUGAGAAUUACAACUUGAAUAAUUUAAGGAAUAAAACAAUUAUAGGAAAAAACAAGGGCGAGUUUUCAUAUUAUAUUGAAUUUGAUGAUACAAAAGAUGUAAAUAGUAAUGGUAGCAGAGAUGGGAGUGCAUAUGGAAGUGUAGUGUCUUGUAUAAAUGAAGGUGGUAAUUCACGUGGUGAAAAUGGUAUGAAAUGUAGGGGAAGCAAAAAGAACGACACCAUUCCAUAUAAGAAAUUAAAAAAUGACGACUCUAAGCUUAAUGUAAGAAAAAUUGAAAAUAUAAGUAAUAGUGCAUAUAAUAGCAAUAACAAUCUUAUCUUAGAAAUCGAACAAAGUUGGCAGAGUUUCGAAAAAAAGUUAGAAAAAAAAUUAAAAGAAAAAAAAAUACAAAAAGAAAUGCAAAUAGAAAGUUGCGGUAGAAUGAAUAAUAAUUCAAAUAAAAUAAGCGCACUAGAAGAGAAUAAAAAUCGGCUAGUAAUUUUAAAAAGUAAGUAUGAAAAAAUAUUAUCAGACUCGAAAAAGCAAAGCAGAAAUAAUUUGAAGGAUUAUUCUUACGAUUUGAUAAGGGGUAAUAAUGCUAAUACAUGUAUAGAUCGAGAAAAGAAAUGCAGAAGCAGCAACAUGUGUGGUAAUUUGAAUAAUGGAGAAAAUGGUGUAAUCGAGAAAGAUGGUUCAAAUUGCAGUUUGAAUGGCAGAAAAAUAAGUAACAUAAGUAAUGAUAAUAUUAAGGAAAAUUUUGUUAACAACAUUAUAAACAACUGUGAUAACAAAUUUAUAGAUAAGGGAGAUAUAAAAUAUAAAGAAGAUUCUAUUGAUAAUAAUUAUGAUCAUAAAAAUAGUACACACUCGAAUUGUAUUAGUCAUUAUAAAAAAGGUAUGAUAAAUAAUUUGAAUAAAAUUGAGUUAACAUAUAAUGAUAAAAUGGGUAGAGAAAAGGACAGUUUAAAUAAUACGAUGAGUACUAAUGUAAAUAUGAGCAAUUUAUUAGACAUUGAAAAUCCUAAAAAGGGAAAAGAGAAAACAGUAAAUCAAAUUCAUAAUAAUUUGAAUAAUAAAAAUCUUCAUUCUCAAAAUUUGGGGAAUUCCUAUAUUUAUAAGUUUGAAGUUAAAAAAAAAGGGAAUAUAACAAAUGAUCGUGGUGAGACAGAAAAAAGAGAAGGCAAUAAAUAUAAUUCGAUGGAUAAAGAUAUCAAGGAAUAUAAUAAGAACAAAAUUAAAGAGAGAAAAGAAUGUUUGGUUAAUGAUCCUAAUCAGAAAAAUAUGUUUUCCAUAUCAAAUAAGGUUAGUAGUGGGAUAAGUAAUGGUGAAAAUAUAAGUUUGGUAGUGUCUAAAAAUAAAAGUAUUAUUGAUUCAAAUAAUUGUUAUUGGGUUAUGAACAGUACAGGAAAUAGUGAGUAUUUGGAUCGAGAUAUUCGAUCAAAUAGGCAUAAGUAUGGAAUUGUAAAUAAAUAUGUAGAAAACUGUUAUGUAAAUACAAUAGGUCAUGAAAAUAAUUCAGAUACAAAGCAUGUGUGCAUGGAAAAGGGCAAACCAGGUGAAACCCCUCAAAAAAUGCAUAAAAUAAAUUUUUUUUAUCAAAAUGAUAGCAGUAACAAUAAUAAUGAUUUUUUUGGAAAAGAAGAACAUAAUGGGUUGAUUCAAAAUUACAAUUAUAUGUAUAGGCAUAUUCAGGAAGGUAAUGAAAAGAAUGAAUGUGGAAAUAGUAUCGGAUUACGUAAUAAAAAUAGUAGAAAUGGUGGUUAUAUUGGGAGCACAAAUAAGAUAAACAAUAGGAAUGAUAUUAGCAAUGUUACGAAUUUGAAUAAAAGUAUCUGUGGGAAAUACAUUAUAAGAAACAAUAUUGUUUGUUCAAAUCGGUUUGAGAAAUUAAUAGAAAAUGGGGAUAAAAAUGAAAAUAAAAUUUUAUCGAAUAUUGAAUUUUUAUCGAGUGAUAUAAUUCGAAGUAAUAAUAUGAAUGGUAAAAUAUGUUUUGAAAAUAGUAAAGGAUAUGAAUCUAAAAUAUGUAGGAAUAAUGAUAUGGUUAGAAGGAAAGAUGAAAAUAAUGGUACAGCUUUAUAUGGAUGUUUUUUUUCGAACAAGAAUAAUGGAGAUGAUGUGGUUGAUAAUCAAAAAAAAAUAAAACAAUCAGUUUAUCAAGAUAAUAAGAGGGGAAAUGUUCAAAGUAUGGAAUAUAAGAACUCAAAUAAAAAUCAGCAUUUUUCAAAUUAUGGAAUAAAUAGAGUAAAAUGA